GUGAAGUAGCACUUGGUUGGAGGGAGAGAGGUGUGAAGUAAUAAUGGCGAAUGAAUAUAACGGAAGAGCACACCGUUGUGUGGGUGUGAGGUAAGGAAGCUCAAUUAAAAAAUCUGCUCAACCGUUAGAAAUCAAAUCCGCCAUAAAUCUGCUGCAUUUACACUUUCCCUAGAAAUUACUAACACAAUUAUUCAAGGAUUAUAACCCUCUGUUAUCCCUCUCUCCGCCCGUGCCCUAGAUCCACCCAUUUCUACCCAUUAAAUCGCUCGACCUACUUCAGCUCGCGGGCCAUUGUUGAUUUCAGGUACAAUUCGCCUUCGGUUUCCUCCCAAAUCUCGAAUUUGUUUGAGUAAAAUGCAUUCUUGAGAUUUAUCGUGUGGAAAGUUAAUUUCUUGGGGAUUUCUGGGUGUUCUGUUGAGGAAUUGCGGUGGCGGGUUUGUCGGCUGAGUUGAAUCUCGGGUUGAAAUUAGUUUUCUUGGGGGAAUGCCUGAUUCUUUUGAGCAAUGGAAGAGGAGGAGGUUUUGAGAAAGUGAAAAGGGGUAUGAAGAAAUAAAGAAAUCUGGGUUUUUUGGGGGUGAAUUGCGGUGUUAGAGGCGUAUAAUGGGUUGUGUUUGUGGUAAGCCUUAUGCUCUUGAUAAUAACAAGGAUAGCCCUGAGGAGAGGUUGUCGAGUAAAGCAACGUCAGAUCUGCGGGCCUCGAGGUCUGUUUCGUCGAGGAGGGAGGAGAGUUACUCAGUGAAGGAUCGGUUGGAUAAUGGUGGCAAUGAGGAAAGGGUCACAUUGAUAGAUAAACAAAUCAAUGGCUCAGCUAGAUUGCAGGGGGAGCGUUUUGAGAGGAAGAGGGAGAAAGCCGAGUAUGCUUCGGCUGGGCCACAUCCGAGGGCGGGCUUAGUGCCUAGAGCAACUGAAGGGGAACAGGUCGCAGCUGGAUGGCCACCUUGGCUGGCAGCGGUGGCCGGUGAGGCUAUUAAAGGAUGGGUGCCGAGGAGGGCAGAUUCAUUUGAAAAGCUGGAUAAGAUCGGUCAGGGUACUUACAGUAAUGUUUACCGCGCCCGAGAUCUUGAUGAAGGGAAAAUUGUUGCUUUGAAGAAAGUAAGGUUUGAUAACCUGGAGCCUGAAAGUGUUCGUUUUAUGGCAAGGGAAAUUCUUAUUUUGCGUAGGCUCAACCAUCCAAAUGUAAUCAAAUUGGAAGGUCUAGUUACAUCACGAAUGUCUUGCAGCUUGUACCUCGUUUUUGAGUAUAUGGAGCAUGAUUUGGCUGGACUUGCAUCUCACCCUGGCCUUAAGUUUACUGAACCUCAGGUUAAAUGCUACAUGAAACAACUUCUACGUGGGCUCGAUCACUGUCAUAAUUGUGGCGUGCUUCAUCGAGACAUAAAAGGUUCCAACCUGUUAAUCGACAAUAGGGGCAUUCUCAAGAUUGCCGACUUUGGCCUGGCUAGUUUGUAUGAUCCUCAUCAUAGUCAACCACUGACCAGCCGUGUUGUAACCCUGUGGUAUCGGCCACCUGAACUUCUGCUUGGUGCAACUUAUUACGGUACUGCCGUCGAUUUAUGGAGCACGGGUUGCAUACUUGCAGAAUUAUAUGCCGGCAAGCCUAUAAUGCCUGGAAGAACCGAGGUUGAGCAGUUGCAUAAAAUAUUCAAACUUUGUGGAUCACCCUCGGAGGAGUAUUGGAGGAAAUCAAAGUUGCCUCAUGCAACAAUUUUCAAGCCCCAGCAGCCUUACAAGCGCCGGGUUGUUGAAACAUUUAAAGAUUUUCCAGCACCAGCAUUAGCACUUAUGGAGAUUUUGUUAUCCAUAGAUCCUGCAGAUCGCGGAUCCGCAUCAUCUGCUUUGAAGAGUGAGUUCUUUACAGCGAGGCCUCAUCCUUGUGAUCCCUCGAGUUUGCCUAAGUAUCCUCCCAGCAAAGAGUUCGACGCUAAAGUACGAGAGGAAGAAGCAAGGAGAAUGGCAGCUGGUAGCAAAGGUCAACGAUACGACAUUGAAAGAAGAGGAUCGAGAGAAUCUCGUGCAGUUCCAGCUCCUGAAGCCAAUGCAGAGUUGAUCUCCUCUAUGCAGAAACGACACGGUCAGCCCAACUCCAAGAGCAGGAGUGAGAUGUUCAGUUCUCAUCCCGAAGAAGUGGCUUCGGGUUUUCCUAUCGAUCCACCAAGACCAUCACAAUCCAUUGAGGAAGAUAAAAACGAUCCCCAGGGAAAUGUCCACAAGAGGGCGUCCCAUUCUGGGCCUUUGGUAAACCGGGCUGCCUGGACGAAGGCUGGAGAGAAUAUUGAAGACGCUCCAAGGAAUCUCGGCGUGGCCGACCUAUCAGCCAUGUCGGGCUUGGUAGCUGCUAGGAGGAGCAUGCUGUCUGAAGAGCACAGAGAUAGAUCUUACUCUCACCAGGAAGCACCAAAGCUCAUCGCCCGGUUUCCAGGUUCGUUUAAAGAGGGUUCACAUUCGAUGGCGAGGCAGGACCUAAAGAACAAUGGCCAGCAUGAAGAUGAUAAAGCAAGCAACAGCUCUGUUUCUCUGGGUAAAGGGCCAAGGGGGAACAAGAUCCACUACUCGGGGCCGCUGCUUGUCCCAUCGGGCAAAGUGGAGCAGGUGUUGAAGGAUCACGAUCGUCAAAUCCAGGAGGCCGUGAGACGUGCACGCCUGGACAAGGAGAGGAUGCGGAAAAUGCAGGGGGAAGGGAACCAGCUAUCGAUGAACACACUAUUCGUUUCAGGGCGAUAACCGGUUCGUUGAUGAUUAGCGUGUUGUUGUUUUCUUUUCUUGUUGCAUAGGGGCUUCUAGAGUUAGGUUGCGGAGGGCAACGCGUAGUAGAGUUUAACAUGAAUUCUCAGUGGUAUCGAUCUGUAUUUUUUAUCAGGAAAUGCAAUUCCUCUGACUAUUGAGGCAUCAAUUUGAAUACAUAUAUAUAAAUUCUGUUUCUGUGUAAA